AUUCCACAUGUAAAGCGUCUGGUGAUUGAGACGACAUAUUAUGUAAAAAUGUCAUUAAUAAGGCGUCCUUGCGUCUUUUUCAAUCUAAAAUGUAAAGUGCUGACUCCAUACAGUUUGCCGGCUAGAAUCAGCACAUCUGUCUUAAACCACAAGUCAGAGUCACCUAAAGACAGUCAGCCGUACCCAUUUAUGUCCAAAAUGAAAGAAAAUCAGUACAGAAUUGAGGAAACAUUUCAAGUCAAAGAAAAUUACAAUUGGAAGUAUCAGCCUCAUGUUAUAUUUGGAUGCAUUAUAACAUUCUUUGUAUAUUUUGUUUUUCUACGCGAGGAACAUGAACUGGACUGGGCCAUUGCUAAACAAUUGUAUGCUGGAAUACCAGGGCUGGAGGAACAGGAUUUAAGAAAAAGCAUUGAAAAAGCAAAGAAACAAGGGAAAGAUACCACUCUCUAUGAAGAAAGAUUAAAUGUGUUACUAGCUGAAAAGAAACGAUAAAAUUAGUUUAAAGUAUCAAAACUACAGAAAUGUUAAAAAGCUUACACAGUCACAUUAUAGCAUACUACAGUGAGAGUAUUUAUCUGUGAUACACAGUGAACUUUUGAAGACAUAUGGUCACUUCUUAAACUUUUAGAUAAAGUAUUUCUGUGAAAAUUAAUACAUCAUGGUAUUUCUUUGAUGACAAAAAAAUACUGUUUUGAUGUGCUAUUUAUUUAAAUAACCACACAUUUCCGUCUAUAAAUUAUAUUGUGAGUGUUGUAAUAUGUCAUUUACAGGUGUUAUAUCAUCAUACGACUAGUAACAUGAUGAACAAAAAAAAAAAUAGAUUGUGUGUCUCGAGCAGUGUACAUUUGAUAUUUUUUAUUUAAUUAAAAAUUUGUUGAUUU